GUGUGUAGUAGUGUAUAGUGUAGUGUGUAGUGUAGUAUAUAGUAGUGUAGUGUAUAGUGUUGUGUAUAUUGCAUACGUAACCCUAACCUCACCCCCGGCAUGUACAUAACUCCUCUCUCUAUAUACAAAGUAACCUUAACCCCCCUCUCUCUAUACACAUAAACAUAACUCACCAAUGAUACAAUGAACGUGUAACCCUAACCCCGUUCCUGUACACAAAGCCGCGUCUCUAUACAAUCUGUGUGCGUGCAUCUGUGCGUAACUCGAAGCGUCUGAGUGUAACUCGAAUUCUCUCUCUGUGUGUGUGUACGAGCAGCAGCGGUGAGUGUGUCCAGAUCCCAGACAGACAGACGGCGAGGAGGAACAGGCGGUGUUGGACAAGCGGCGUCUUCUCUCUUCCGCCAGAUGGAGACUCUGUGGAGGCUGCUGAUGCUGAUCUGGGCAACGCUCUACCAGGCUCCCGGAUCAGAGUCAUACACCACAAUCCGCCACAACGAAGCGCUGGGUGGCACCGCGACCCAGUCCAGCACCUACGCGCCGUGGCGCUCCGCCAGCAUGGCCGUGGACGGCGACACGCAAAUGUACGGCUACUACUGCAGCAGCACGAACCUGGCGCUCGACUCGUGGUGGAGUCUGCACCUGGCACGCGCCGUCGCCGUGCACGCGGUCACGGUGACCUUCGGCAUAUUCAGCCCGUUCCCGUUCAUGGACACGGCGCGACUCUUCUUGGGCAACUCGAGCGACGCCGAUUCGCCCCAGAACCAAUUCUGCCAAAAUCUGAGCAUCGCCAAGGUGGUGACGGUGGGGACAUUCGUGUGCAGCGGCGCCGUGGCGAGCUACGUGCACUUCGUGCAGCACGUGAAUACGUACACGUACAUGCAGCUGUGUGAGGUGCAGGUCUCCAGCGUGCCGCUUGCCCCCAAUGAGACCGUGAUCGUCUACGGCAGCGUUCAGCAGUCGAGCGUCUACGGCAGCAACGGCAGCGUCGGCGGCGUUUUCGAGACGGCCGAUUCGGUGGCGUGGGGCGGAUUCGUGGGCGGGGCGACGCCUCCGCUGCCAUCGCCGUUGAGCGGCGGGGGUUGGAGCGAGGGGGGGAGGAGGGGGGGCGACUUCUGCUCCGGCUCCUGCGCGCAGACGCGCGAGGAGUGGGCGCCGUGGCUCCGCCUCGCACUCGACCGCGCCUACGUCAUCGUCCACGUGGGCAUCGCGAACCGCGGCGAUCCCCAGGGGCUGCGGCUCUACGGGGCGGAGAUUCGCGUGGGCAGCUCGGAGGUCGGGGGCGGAGCCUUGAACCCGCUGUGAGUCGGUGGUGGGGGUGGUGGGUCAGGGUGGGG